CGCAUGAGAUCGGCCGAUCAAAAUCGUAGCGUGUAGACGCCCCAUAAUAAGUGUGAUCGGUCAUCUACAGGAAUCCGUGGGGCUGCCUUCGAUACCAUAUCGAUCCGCCGGUAGCAUCCAAACCAUCAUUGUUGUCUCGCGAAGGGGUUAGAAACGUGUUCCGUGUUGCCUCCGGCUGUUCGCGGCUGUUCCCGGCUAUCCCAGGCUGUUCCGGAAGAGUAGAUGAUGGCGAAGGCAAGAAAAAAGCCGGCGAAAGCGACUUCAUCGGCUGCAAAAAAGAAAGUGUGUGUGCCACAGAAAGGGAGGAGCAGGUACGAGAUUCUGGAGGCUCGAAAGGAUCGUUCGAAGAAAGCUAUCGUAAAGAAACAUGAGCUAGUAGAAACCCUGGAGGAAGCAUAUCGCCGGAAACUCGACGCAGAACUCAGCGGGACGAAAAUCAACCACUUACUGCCGAUCAAAGUAAAAGGAAAAGGAUUGGUUACUCGGACAGCCCCAAAGAAUGGGCCUAGCGAAUCGACCGAACGAGAGAUAUCUACUUGCGGUUCUGCGAACGAUGAACACCCAACACACAGUACUGACGACACAACAUUCAAUACGGGAAACCCCCAAAAAGUGCUAACUCUUGCAGAAAUUCUGUUGAAACGGAAUCAGGAAGUUCGAGAAAAACAGCUCUCGAUCGGUUCUCAAUCCGCCGCAAUCUUAGAGACACCGGACGCCCGAAUCGACAACUUAAAUACCUUGUUGGAUUACAUCCGGGCAGUCCGUAAGGAUGGAGGGAUCAAUUUAUUGGCCGUCAGGAAAACGGCAAUCAUAUCGCUCGCAGAGAUUUUCAGAGACAUAGUUCCAGAAUUCCGAAUUGGCAUAGUGAACAAAGAAGAACAAAAAUUGAAAAAAGACACCCUUGCCCGCGUUAACUUUGAGAAUAAGCUUCUAUCUUACUACAAACAGUACCUAAAAGAACUAGAGUGCAUCACCAACUCAUAUCAUCGCUGUCUGCGCCAAUCCAAAAAGAUGGCCAUUGAUACCACGCAGCUUUUGCAAACGUGUGUGCAAUGCAUGUGCGACUUGGUGUUGGCUCAUCCGUAUUUCAAUUAUUCUCCAAACAUUGUGCAAGUGCUAGUUUUGAUGCUGAACGACGUGAAGGAGAACAUUCGGAAAAUAGUCCACUCGUGUUUCGCUACACUUUUCAAAACGGACAUCAGGUUAGAUCUGACCUAUCACACUGUGCGUCACAUUAAUCAGCUGCUGAAGAAAAAGGAACGCCAUGUGCACCCAGAAAUGAUAUCCUGCUUAAAAUUUCUUCAGAUACAUCGAAUUAAUCUACAUGAUGAUACUUUACUGGAACUCAAAAAACAAAAACUAGAAAAACAAAAAUCGCGAAUAAUCAACAUGUCACGAAAAGAGCGUAAACGGAAGAAGAAACUGCAAGAAUUGGAAAAGGAUAUAUUUGAAACGAAAGCUGAAGAAAGCAAACAAAUCGUUCGCCAAAAGUUAACCAACAUUUCCAAGCUGGCCUUUAUGAUUGUAUUUAAAAUUCUUAAAUGCUAUCCAGACUCCCGCGUUCUGAGCGUUACACUUGAAGUGCUAUCUAAAUUCGCCCAUACCAUCAACAUCGAUUUUUUCGCCGAUUUGGUAGAACUUUUGAAUAAUCUACUAGAAAAUGCUGAGCUUGGGUACCGAGACCAUUUGCACUGCAUACAAACCGUGUUCACUAUUUUGGGUGGACAGGGUGAGGUGUUGAAUAUCGAUCCGGCCAGAUUUUACUCGCAUUUUUAUAAAAAUCUUCUCUACGUUCAUGGUGGUAAAAAUCACGGCGACAUGAAGACUAUUUUGAACACCCUGGAUAUUCUAUUAUUUAAGCGGCGCCGUAAUGUAACCUCCCAGCGCUACUUGAGCUUCCUAAAACGAUUAGCUACUCUAUCUCUGCAAACACUACCAAACGGUUCUCUUGGUCUGAUAGCGAUCAUACGGAGUAGUUUACAAAUGAACCAACACCUUGAUAUUCUUCUGAAUACAGACGAAGUCAUAGGGUCGGGUACGUUUGAUCCUCUGAACGACGAGCCUGAGUUCGCCAAUGCCAACUGUACGUCCUUGUUUGAAACGACUUGUUUGGCUCGACAUUUCCACCCUACAAUAAGAAAAGUCAUACCACAUCUAUUUCUCGCAACCGAAAAUAGAAUCACCUAUAUGGCAAGAGCAUUAACACCAAGCGAAUGGUAUGCAAACUAUGAUUGUAGUGAAGUUAUUUUCAACCCAGAAAUUACUCCUCCUGCAAAGUUAAAAAAUACGAAAGAAAUUCGAAGUCAUCUAGGAAUUGCGUCAGUAAAAGAACGUUUCUUAGUCGACUGUGCGACUGAGCAUUCACAUGUAAAAUAUGAAAAAUUGGAUACAAAUUAUCCAUUAGCAUUUGACUACUUUGCAGAAUAUCUCUGAUGAGACGGGCAAUCGUAGUUUUUUUUAACAAAAUUCUUAUUUAGUCAUUAAACAAUAUUUUCGUGCUCCAACUGCCGCACCUUAAAUCAUUGUAACACGUUUCGUUUCUUCAAAGAAAAAAAUAAAAAGAAAUUGUAAUAAAUGGUAA